CCUGGUUUUCUCCCUGUUUAGCCGCCUCCCAUCAUCAUGACAUCAACACUGCGGAGCGGAGAGACCCGCCGCACAGACUCUGUAGAACGCCAGUGCGCAAAGUGGAUUGUGUUGUAUUGAUGAGUGACUGGUGAACUGUCGGGAUGUCGCUGUACGCGUCUCAGAUUAAAGCGUUUAAGAGCGCAGAGCCCAAGACGCUUGGCGCUGUUGAGAUCAUAAUUGGAGUGUUGACUGUCAUCAUGAGCACAAUUGUGUAUAAGCUACACUAUCAUAUCCAGCGUGAAAUUAUCAUCCUCAUCGUCAACGGUGCUCAGCUCACCAUUACUGGCAUUGUCCUGGUGCAUACCGGGAGGAAACCAUCUAAAUGUCUGGUGCUGACAACUAUUGUUCUGCAGUUACUAACAGCAGCAUUUGAUAUUGUUGGAUUUGGGCUCAUGGCCAGACACAUCCCAUUCAGGGGCGAGUCGUACUACUACAGGGACACAGAGUGGUGUUGUGACCCACUUCACUCUGUUUGGGCUUGCUGUGGAGAAGGAGAGAGAGGGGGACAGAAAGAGUUCUUAGUGAAUGGAAUCUUGGCGACACUGAUCGGUUUCCUGGUGCUAGCGUGUAUCAUUGGUUUAGUUGUGUCUCUCUUUGGAGUUUACUCCCUUUCUGUUAGUGCCAUUAAGGAGCUGACACCAAUCCCUCACUCUACAGCAAACCAACAUUAUGGUGUUGCUGUUCAGAACCAGAAUACAAUCCAUGCUGGAAAAGCCUGAGACCACUAAUCAAAUGCUUCUACUUUGUAUUAUUUUCUAAAUUAUUAUUUAUUUAUUUUUUAAAUUACAAAUAAUAUUAAUAGUAUAAAAGUGGAAAUUAUAGGAACGGUUCACCCAAAAAAUGAAAAUUCUCUCAUAAUUUACUCUCCCUCAUGCCAUCCCAGAUGUGUAUGACUUUCUUUCUUCUGCUGAACACAAGUAAGAUUUUCAGAAGAAAAUCUCAGCUCUGUAGGUCCAUACAAUGCAAGUGGACCAGAAUUUUGAAGCUAAAAAAGCUCAUAAAGGCAGCAUAAAAGUAUUCCAGAUGACUCUAGUGGUUAAAUGUAUAUUUUCAGAAGGGACAUGAUGAUGUGUGGGUGAGAAACAAAUACAUAUUUAAGUCAUUUUUUACUAGAAAUGUCCACAUUCACUGGCCCUCCUAUAGUGCUCUUUUGUCUUCUAAGAGUUCUUCUUUUGUUUUUGGCAAUUCACAUUAUUUGUGCACAUUGCCACUUACUGGGCAGGUAGAAGAAUUUAUAGUAAAAAGUACUCAAAUAUUUUUCUGUUUCUCAUGCACACCUAUCCUAAAAGCUAUAUAGCUUUUAAAGUCAUGGAUUUAACCACUGGAGUCUUAUGGAUUACUUUUAUGCUGCAUUUAUGUACUUUUUGGAGCUCUAAAGUUCUGGUCUCCAUUUAAUUGCAUUGAAUGGACCGACAGAGCUGAAAUAUUCUUCUAAACUUUGUUUGUGCAGAAGAAAGAAAGUCAUACACAUCUGGGAUGGCAUGAGGGUGAGUAAAUGAUGAGAGAAUUUUCAUUUUGGGGUGAACUAUUCCUCUAAGAGCAGAAGGGCACAGUUUUACCACCAACUGCAAAAGAGGACUGUUUCACCUACAAACAACCACUCACAGGUAAACAACAACAACAACAACAACUAAAAAAAAUACUUUUGUGAAAUUGUAAAUAAGUUUUUGGAAUUAAAAUGGAAGUCUUGUUUUUGCUUGGCUGUUGCUCUCACAGGUUUUAGGACUGCUGUACUUUUGAAUGCUCAACAUAGUAGUUGUUUGUACCUCAAUCGUUUUUGCUCUAACAACCUAUAGCUUCUUAGCAUGAAUUGUCUACCCAGAAAUACUGACCAGAAUUGAUGUAUGUUAGAGAAGGAAGUAUGUUUGUUUUCCUGAGAAUAUGUGAAAUUAUGCAUUAGGUACAUUAGGUACUGACCAGAAAAAAAAUAUAUGAACAUGAAUAUGAACGGUAAGAAGGAUAUGUUGCAUUUACCUUGCAUUUUGUACCAUCUUUCGCAUGAAUCUUUAAAUCGAUAUGUUUGUUUUAGCCACGUGAGGACAUACAGGGCGACAUUUAUCAAGCUAUUCGUUAAUGUGAAUCUGAAAUUAUAAUCUGAAAAGUACAAAAGUAAAUAUUAAAUGUAAAACAUAAAAAUAAAAGGCUUGAUAAAUGUGGCCCAUGUUCAGUGAAACCGCUCUAAAGCAGAGUAAUCUGAAAUUCAGCACCAGUGUAUAACUAAACAGCAUUGCUUGGCUUUUUUGUCAUCUCGUUUUAUCCGUACUGAUUCUUCAGGAAAGCUAUGAUGACUGCCAACUCUGUAAGUGCCACCACUUGUGACCAAAAUCAUGGACACCCUAAUAACUAAAGGUCAGAGCUUGAACCCUCAGUCAAGUGCUCGACUUUGAUGAUGAAAUAUCCUCUUGUGGAAGCAUGUGUUGUUUGUUUUGUGCCAGUAGAUCUCUGUCUUUCGACAGCAUGUGAGAUUUACAUUGUGCCUGUUGUCAGUGACCUCUUGACACGUAGUAACAUGAAAACGUAGUAUGUAGCAACAUGGCUGUGUUUGUGUUUGACUGAAUGAUAUUUCAAAUAAACUUGAUUUAAUACACAA